CUCAGAGCACACAGACGCAGAGAGAGAGAGAGAGAGAUUGAGAGAUAUAGAGAGCGAGAGACAGAGAGAGAGAGAGACUGAGAGAAGUAGAGGAAUGGACCUGAGCAAGGUCACGCUGGAGAUCUUCACCAAGCUGGAGCAGAAAUGGCUCUCCCACUGUGAGAACACCAAGAAGACUCGCAUUCUCAGCAUCGACGGCGGCGGAACCACCACCAAUGUCGCCGGUUCCGCACUUAUCCACCUCGAGGACCAGAUCCGCCUCAAGACUGGCGAUUCCCAUGCUCGAAUCGCCGAUUUCUUUGACCUCAUUGCCGGUACCGGUGUCGGCGCCCUCCUCGCCGCUAUGCUCUCCGCAGCCGACGGCUCCGGCCGCCCUCUCUUCUCCGCCAGAGAAGCUGUCAGUCUCAUUGCCGCAAGAAACUCUGACCUCUUCAAGCUUCGGCUAGCCGGAAUGUUUCGCCGGCGCCGGAGAUACUCCGGCAAGAGCAUGGACAAGGUGCUCAAGGAAGUUUUCAAGAGAGAGGACGGCACCGUCUUGACCUUGAAGGACACGUGUAAGCCUCUCCUUAUUCCUUGCUUCGACCUCAAGAGCUCGGCUCCCUUCGUGUUCUCCCGUGCCGACGCGUCCGAGUCGCCGAGCUUUAACUUCGAGCUCUGGAAGGUGUGCCGCGCCACGUCAGCAACACCGGGCCUCUUCAAACCGUUCAAUCUAACGUCCGUCGACGGAAAGACCUCCUGCUCCGCCGUUGACGGCGGCCUCGUCAUGAACAACCCGACUGCCGCCGCCGUAACCCACGUGCUCCACAACAAGCGCGAUUUCCCGUCCAUUAACGGCGUCGAGGAUCUGCUAGUCCUGUCGUUAGGUAACGGCGCGUCGAGCGGUGGUGACCGUGGGCAAAAACUCCGUCAUAACGGCGAGUGCUCGACGUCGUCGGUGGUCGACAUUGUGCUCGAUGGAGUUUCCGAGACCGUCGACCAGAUGUUGGGAAACGCCUUUUGCUGGAACCGUACGGACUAUGUUAGAAUUCAGGCGAACGGUUUUGCAAGGGAAGGAGAGGUGGGGCCGAGAAUGGAGGAGGACGAGGAGGUGUUGAAGGAGAGAGGGGUGGAGUCGUUAACGUUUGGCGGAAAGCGGUUAUUGACGGAGACUAACGGACAGAGGAUCGAGAGCUUCGUGCAACGCCUUGUUGCUUCAGGGAAGUCCAGCCUUCCACCCAGUCCCUGCAAGGAUUCCGCCGUUAGCCCCCUCGCUAGUGGCCGUUAGUUUUAAUUUUUAAUUUUUUUUUUUUUUAAUCUUUUUGACUUUGUAACCAUUUUUCUUUUGUUUUUUAUUUUAUUGUUAGAGACAUCGGAAACCAAGCUCAGGUUUACCUGACUCUGUCUCUGUUUCUUAGUUAAAUAGCAGCUAAAUAAUAACUUGUUCAGCACC